AGCCCGUGCUAGCAGGCUAGCAGAGGAAGACACAUCUCCCCGGACCGUCUUCCCGCAACCACGGAGUCACACACGGUCCGCUAGUUCACCAUUCUGUCAGUGAAGUCCAGAUGCAUGAGUCUCGGUCAGAACCAGCAGGCCACACCAUUCAAGCAAGUCAGACGGAGAACAGAAAUCACACUGAGAAUGAGAGUCGACUGAAGAGUAGCCAGACUCCUCCUCCAGAUGCACCCAGGUGCCCAGAGAAACUUUUCAAUGAAGACUAUCAGGUCCCAGUGUCAUUGUCCAUGAUGACCCCACCAGCAGAAGCUCCUCAGCAACUGCAGCAGACGCCACAGCAGCAAGUUCUCAGUCCUCAGCAACUCCAGGCCCUGCUCCAGCAGCAGAAAGCACUCAUGUUACACCAGCAACAAAUUCAAGAGGUAUUCAAGAAUCAGCAAGAGCAGCUAAAUAUGCAGCUUCUGCAGCAGAAAAAUGCCGGGAUUGUUAGUCAAGAGCUGACGGCCCAGCAGAUUGCCAUCCAGCACCAGCUCCUGCAGGUCCAGCAGCAGCAUCUCCUCAACCUGCAGAGGCAAGGCUUACUCUCUGUGCUUCCCAGCAGCCCGGCCGUAGCCCCAGGCUGUGAGAACGGCAGCAUCCUCUCCUCUGGUGGGGACACAAGAGAGUCCUCCAGUCAGCAAUCCACCACCAACGGCCAUCAGACUCUUCUGAAGAGGAAAGAGAGUGGGUCACUGGAUGAAAAUGCACAGAAGAGCCAUCCUCUGUAUGGAAAUGGCAUGUGUAAAUGGCCUGGUUGUGAGACUGUUUUUGGAGACUUUCAGGCAUUUCUCAAACAUUUGAACGGUGAGCAUAUACUUGAUGACAAGAGUACAGCACAGUGCCGUGUACAGAUGCAAGUGGUUCAACAGUUGGAACUUCAGCUGAAGAAAGACAGAGAGCGACUACAAGCUAUGAUGGCUCACCUGAAGUCCUCAGAGCCCAAACCUGCUGCCCCGCCUGUGAAUCUGGGGUCUAAUGUGUGCUUCUCACAAGCGACGCUGCCUAAAGGACUUCCUCCUAUGAGCCUUUCCCAGAGUGCCACGGCGCCGUCCACCCCGCUGACGCCGCUCUCCGAGUCUCCCUCGGUGCUCACUCCCAGCAGCAUGUUCACGUCAACGCCUGUGCGGAGGCGAUACAGCCGCUCAGUGAGCCAAGGUACCGAUAUAAUUGAUAAUAAGGAGUUCUACUUGAGCACAGAAGUCAGACCUCCAUUUACAUAUGCCUCGCUCAUAAGACAGGCUAUAUUUGAAUCUCCUCGCAAUCAGCUGACAUUAAAUGAAAUCUACAACUGGUUCACAAGAAACUUUGCAUAUUUCAGGCGCAAUGCAGCCACUUGGAAGAAUGCUGUUAGACAUAACCUCAGUCUGCAUAAAUGCUUUGUGCGUCUGGAGAAUGUGAAGGGAGCUGUGUGGACGGUGGACGAGAUUGAAUUUCACAGAAGGCGGCCUCAGAAAACUGCCGGGAAUGGAUCUCUUCUGAAGAAUUCUCAGAACCGCCAGGGCUUAGCCGGGUCUGCUCAUCAGAGCGGCGGUCUAGACGGCACCAGCUCUCUCUACAACCCGGCCUCCAUGGGCAGCAUCCCACUACACUCCUUGCCUCACGUUCUGCAGGAGCAGAUGAACGGCGCUCUGGCGAUCGGGUCGGGUUACCAAAGUGACAGCAGUGCAACACAGUCCCCUCCGCAGGGAUUCAUUAAAGAAGAGCAGGAGGACGAGGAGAUAUGUGAAAAUUACCCCUAUGAAUCUCCGGAGAGCACAGACGAACACGGCCACAGUCCGGAGAUGACCCAGGAUGAGGACAACGGUAUCCCAGAAAGGUCCAGUCUUCAUCUCGACCGCGUGCCUUCUCUCUGACUACGAUGUCCGAGUCCCUCACGGCGAGGCCACCUCACUCACGAGCCCGUAUGACGUUGCAUUCCAAAAACAACCGCUUCAUCCACAUAACUGAACACUCUGUACUUGGGAUUUUUUUUUUCUGUUUCCUUUUGAUACUUCUCAGCAUUACUUUUUUUCUUAAUAUAGCUCUAAGUUGCUUUUUGUACAGUUGAAUGACGUCACAAAAACACAUUUGUGGAAAAGUUUGUGAAUUUUCUUUUAUAUAUCUGUACACAAAAGGACCGCGACGAGCAGAAAAGCCAAAGGAAAGGGAACACUGAUAGUUAGCACUUCGUAAUGAAAGUUUCCCCCAUUUUCGUAGCAGCUUGGCGCUGCGCUGGGGCCACACUACCUGAUUUUAUUUUAGUAGUCAUAAUAUAUAAAGAUUUGUAGAGGAAGUAAAAAAGUGUUGCUUUAAAAAUAAUGAUCACUGCCAACAUGAUCGGAUAUAUUUGUAUUUAAGGUAUAAUCAACCAUUUGAUCAAAAGAAUAGCUUCUUUAUAUCUGUUGGUCUUUUUCACCCCUUCCAUGAACAUCUGAAUUUUGCUCAAAAUGAGCUUGUAAGAGUAGAUAUUAUAGAGUUAUUAUUGUAAACAAUACAUCUCUAUGAAUAUUAAAUUCCUCAUGAUCUAUGUGAA